AUGGCGCUUUUCCGGGGUGUUUGGGGCGUUCUGAGUGCGCUGGGCAAGUCCGGAGCGGAGCUGUGCGCGGGUUGUGGAAGUCGACUGCGCUUUCCCCUCAGGUUUGUGUAUAUACCGAGAUGGUUUUCAUCCACCUUGGGCAGUUAUCCAAAGAAGCCUUUGAGUUCAUACCUUCGAUUUUCUACAGAACAGCUACCCAAAUAUAAAGCUCAGAACCCAGAUGCGAAAAAUUCAGAACUAAUUAAAAAAAUCGCCCAGCAAUGGAGGGAGCUUCCUGAUUCAGAGAAAAAAGUAUAUGAAGAUGCUUACAGAGUGGACUGGGAAGCAUACAAAGAAGAGAUCAACAGAAUUCAAGAACAAUUAACUCCAAGUCAGAUUAUAUCUAUGGAGAAGGAAAUCAUGCAAAAACGCUUAAAAAGGAAAGCAUUAAUAAAAAAGAGAGAAUUAACCAUGCUUGGAAAACCCAAAAGACCUCGCUCAGCUUAUAACAUUUAUAUAUCUGAAAGAUUCCAGGAAACUAAAGAUGGUUCAUCACAGGCAAAACUGAAGGCUGUAAAUGAAAAGUGGAAAAGUAUGUCUAGUUCUGAAAAGCAAGUAUAUAUUCAGCUUGCUAAAGAUGAUAAAAUUCGUUAUGAUAAUGAAAUGAAAUUGUGGGAAGCACAGAUGAUUGAAGUUGGAAGAAAUGAUCUUAUACGUCGCAGAGUGAAGCACCAAACAAAAGAUGGCGCUGAGGAAUGUUAA